AAGAAAACUGCUGCAUUGUCCCAUUCCAGCUAAUAUUUCAGUGACAAUGUCUUCAGUUCAGCAUCUCAGAGAGUUUAUCAGAGAGAGACUAACUGCUGCUGCUCAAGAAAUCUUCACUGAGGUUGAAAAAACCAUCAUUUGCUACGAGGAAGAGCUCGAUGCUCAGCGCAGAAUGAUGGGGAUCAACUGGAAACCAGAAAUUAAGCUACACAGAAUCGGUUCGGAGCUGCAGAGACAAAGUUCUGACCUCCGGCAGCCAAGUGUCUCCAAUGAGGAGGAAGUUUCUGCAAUCCAACAAGACUGUAGUAAGACAAGUAGGUCCAGUCAGGACCAGAAAGAAGCAGAACAUCAGUGGACUGAAGAGGAACAGAUGGAACCACAACAAAAAUGGAUGAAAGAAGAAGAGGAGGAACCAGAACCUACACUGCUCAAACACGAGGAAAUGGAAUAUCCACUAACAAAUGUAAAAGAAGAUGAGCUAGAUUCUUCAGUGCUUCAACAUGAACAGCAGCCACCAGAACAUUUACCAACUGGACAGAACCAGAAGAACCUCUGCAGCAGUCAGGAGGGAGAGCAGCUUGUCCAGAAGCAGUUUGCUGCUUUGAUUGAGACUUCUACUCUUCAGGAAGAUGAUAUGAAUGAAGAAGAGAGAAGAACAGAGCAGCUUUCCCUUCAUAUCUCUCCAGUGGUUGAAAGCAAAGAUCAGGAAGGAAGCAGCUCCUCUGUGUCAGAGAGUCAGGCUGGUACCAGGACAAAUAUAAGGUCCUUCAAAUGUGACAUUUGUGGGCGAUGUUACACACAAAUGUAUAACUUGAAAAGCCAUUACAUAACCCACGCUGUUGAGAGACCUGUUUCAUGUGAAACAUGUGGAAAAAGUUUCCCUCCAAGAGAUUUAAUUCAUCACAAGAAAGUUCAUGCCAGUGAGAGGCCUUUUUCAUGCCAAUCAUGUGGACAGAGUUUCUCUCAAAUGAAUAAUUUAAAUCGUCACGUUAAAAUUCAUACAGGUGUGAAACCUUUUUCAUGCCAAUCAUGCGGAAAGUGUUUCUCUCGAAUUAGUAAUUUAAAUCGUCACGUUAAAAUUCAUACAGGUGUUAAACCUUUUUCAUGCCAAUCAUGCGGAAAGUGUUUCUCUCGAAUUAGUCAUUUAAAUGACCACAAAACAAUUCAUACAGGGGAGAAGCCUUUUUCAUGCCAGUUAUGUGGUAAGAAUUUCUCUCGCGUUAGUUAUUUAAAUCUUCAUCAGGCAGUUCAUACAGGUAAGAAACCUUAUUCGUGCGUGUCAUGCGGAAAGGGUUUCUCUCGAAUUACUCACUUAAAUCGUCACAAGAAAAGUCAUAGAGGUGAAAUGUUGCCUCUCGCUAUAAAUCAAUUAAUUGGAUAAUAAAUAAAAAUGAGCUUGAUUAUAAAAUGAUAUCAAUAAUAUUGCUUUCUACCAAUGUGAAUGACAGAAAGCUGCUCUCCAGUGCUUCGGAGAACAUUUGAUAUUAGUUUCUGUAGUUGUGCCAAGAUGAUUACUACUAAAUAUAUUAAUGCAUAUUAUGGUAUAUUUUGCAUUUGAAUUGUUAAAAUAGAUAGUUGCACACCAUUUUAGUCUCAAAUACUCUCAAGUACAUAAGAAUGAUGGAGUUGGAAUUGCAAAGUCCAGAAGUCUCCAACCCAAUUUCUCAUUAUUUAAUGCCUUGCAGGUUUUAGAGUCAUCCCUGUUCCUAGGGGCCCUGCCAGGGAUUUUGGGCCCCAUGACAAAAAAUAGAAUUGGCUGCCCCCUGUGCAGUAGCUGUCUCUAUUUCUUCAGGCUGUUUGACCCAUAACUGAAGCAUAACUAAAUCUUUGCAACUGCCUUGCUUUUUUUGGUCCAAUACUGGUACAUCACAAUAUUUACUGCUAGUGAAUUAUAUAUGCAACAGUCUGCAUACAGUUUGCAAUACUCUAUUCAAAGCAAGCUUAACAGCAGGAAAAGUAGUAAAAGCCAAAUGUUAGAUGCUAUUUUCUUAAUGGAAAAAAUUAAAAGCAAAACAUAUUCUAAGAAUUCUUGAAAUUAACAAAAAAAACCAAGACACUUAAAUAAACUUUAACUACUACAAAACAAAGUUAGAACUUCUAACAUGUAUAACUUUACUCUGGAAUUAUGCUGUUAAUGUUUUAAUGUGAGAGUAUUGCACACAACAGAUUUCUGAACAAAAUAAUAUUCAUCAGUUGCAGCUUUCUGAAAGGUCUCACCCCACCAGUAACAGGCAUUGUGAAAAAUAUACACAAAUAUACACUUCUCUCAAAAUGU